AUGAACAAUUACCAGUGGGACGAAUUAAAGAACUGCGGAUAUACCGGCGACGUGCCGAAUCGUUUCGCGAUCUCCUAUUAUUUAAACGGGGAUAUAGGUAUAAGAACACGGAGACGGGGAGUCGUUCGCGGUAGUGUGAGGCAUAAACGCGCCAGCACCACACCCAGCGUGACCACCAUUGCGACACGGGACACGGCCAUGCGCGUCGCAGUGAUCUUGUUGGCAUGCGUCACUGUGCAGGUUUCGGCCCAGUAUAACCAAGAUGACGGCUUGCCACAGAGGGGGUUGCCAACACCCCUGAGGUCAGCCCGUUUCCAGAGACUUCCGGCUACACGACCGGCAAUUCCACAAGCAACUCUUGCGAAUCAACGAAUUCGACGACCAAUUACGUUUAGACCGAAAGGCGUUGAAGAUUCUAUAGGAACAGGUCCAGGCUCGUUUACACCAGUUAAAUCAUUGCGACCGAAUCUGCCUACUGGACCAGCACAAUUGCCUCAACAAAUUAAGCCAGUGAACGAAGAACCGGAAGAGGAUUUUCGAAAUCGUGAACCAUCUCGAGAACACGACAGUCAAGGCGACGAUGUCGAUUUUAGCGAAGAGCCAGAGAGCCAAGAAGAAAGUGAGGAAAACGUGCCACGCACCAUUACAAAUCUUGGAACAGUCGGUUCGAUAUCAAGAACUUCCGCUAAUAUAGGUCCAACAUCUCAAUCGGUACAAUAUCGUCCGACUCCAGGAACAGGAGGACCAACUGGCAGAGGAAAUGCAAUACCGACGGCUACUCCGACACCUGUUCAAUACCGACCGGCGCCAAAACCGAACAAACCAAGAAAACCAGUGGAGGAACCAUUUAAGCAACAGGUGAAGCCACCUACAAAACCGGUGAAACCGUCUCAACAUUACGACGCUCGUGGAAAAAAGCCUGUUGCACAGAUUAUCAGGCGAUAUCGCAACGAUAAUCCAGACGGCUCAAUCACAUGGGGCUUCGAGAACGAUGACGGAUCGUACAAAGAGGAAAUAAUCGGCAUCGAUUGUAUCACUAGAGGUAAAUACGGAUAUAUCGAUCCGGAUGGUAUUCGCCGAGAGUACACGUACGAAACUGGAAUCAAGUGUGACGAAGAACAACGGGAAGAAGAGGAAGAAAAUGGGUUUGUAGAUUACCAAGAGAACAAGCUAGUACUUCCCGAUGGUAAAACCAUAGAUUUGUCAAGUAUGGGCAAGAAACAGGCCCGCAGACCUCGUUUGAUUCGCAGGAAUUAG